UGUAGGCAAGUGCACCCUGUUGGUUGAAGCUAAGAUUAAGUCCUCUAGGGUUGCUGUGGCAAAACUUCAUUUUUGACCAUGGCUGAUCCAUUAAGCCUUCUGAGACAGUAUAACCUCAACAAAAAAGAGAUUGUUGAGAAAGAAGGGAAUGCAAUUUUUGGGGAAUUUUCUUGGCCCAAGACUGUCAAGACCAACUAUAUCAUCUGGGGGAGUGGAAAGGAUGGAGCAACAAAAGAGUAUUAUACUCUGGAAUGCCUGUUGUUUCUGUUGAAGAAUGUCCACCUCUCUCACCCUGUAUAUGUGCGAAAAGCCACAGCAGAGAAUGUUCCAGUGGUUCACUUGCCAGAUCGGAAGGAUCUUUUGUCAUACCUCAGCCAGGAAGGAGCCACAUCAAAUAGCAUUGAUCGUAGUGCUCCCCUGGAAAUGCCCACACAGGUGAAGCGGGCGACAGAGGAGAGUCAGGAGACACAAGUGGCAAAGAAGCCACGUAUUGAUGGGACGGAUGUUGAGAAGGCCAAGGCACAGCUGGCUCGUCGAUUGGAACAACCAAAGGAGACUUCGCUCACUCUUGGCUCCUUCAAGUCCAUUUCCAUGACCAUUUCGGCAGAGAAGAUUGCAGCCAUGAGGGCAAAGCGGUUGGCAAAGAAAAGAGGGUCUAUUAAAGCAGGAGCAGAUGAGAGCCUUGGAGGAUCUUCUCCACUUCGAACGGUGCUAGAGAUAGACUUGGAUGUGACCAAAGACAUUUGCUCUCGAGAGAGACAGUGGCGAACGCGGACAUCCAUCCUUCAGAGUUCUGGAAAGUCUUUCGCUAGAAAUAUCCUUGCACUCAUGGAGAGUGUCAAAGCACGAGAAGAAGGUCGUAUUGUUCCGAGUCGAAUGGGACCUCCCACUUCUGGUGUGAUAAAUACGACCACACCUCGCAACAUCCCUGCUCCCACCCCUCCUGUUGUCCAGGCCCAGCCCAACUACUCAAGAUAUCUUCAAGAGAAGUUUGGAAAAGAAGGCAUGGCUAUUUUCUGGAUCCCUUGA